AUGUCCUCCAGCACCCCCACCCAUGAGCCAUCCAGACUCUCCCACCAGGGCCCUAUUUUAAACAAGAAUGGAUUUGUCAUGUGCAUGGGUUUUCGGCCAGUCUGGGGCCAAGAUUCCUGCCCCAAGGCUUUUGCGCAACGUCUGCCCCUUCUCACAACCAGUCCCGGCUGGGUGGGGCGGCCCUUAAAGAACUUGAAAGGAGUUUGGGGCCAUGGAUGGGGGAGGGGGCCGGUGCUUCCGGCGCCCGGGUGGCCCCCAGGAGAACCCCAAGCUCUCCUAGGGGCGCGCACCACGCCGGGGUCUCUUCUGUCUCCAGGCACCCGGCCAGGGUCCCAGGACGGGCGGACCACGCCGCCUGCCCCGCUAAGCAGACGGGGGAGACUUGGCUUCAGGCGCCCGCGCCCAUGCCCUCCUCCCCCGCAGUCUCGGUGCCAGCCCGGGACUGAGGAUCGUGCCAGGGGCGGAGGCGGGAGGGCUAGGGAGAGCGCCCAAAGCGGGCGCGGGCGCCCCGGACAUAUCGCCCUUCCCUUCCCUGCCUGCCGCCCUCCAGGGGGCCCACACCCUUCCCGGGGCAGCCACCCCCCACCCGCCCCCAUACCCACCUUUGCCCCACCGGGCCUCCUUGGCCUGGCCCGACCCGGCCUGUGGCCCGCUCCUCCCGCCAAGAAGUCAGUCCCGGGAAAAAGUAGUGACGACCGCUCCCUCUUCCACUUACCGGGCCGAGACUCCGAGCUCCGGGAGCGGCGGCCAAAGUAG